UUACGUACUACCUAGCAGGUGUUCAACGGAAUCAUACAGCGGAAUCAACUCCAGGAAUCCCAACUUUUUAUUUAGCUCCCGAUUACCUCUAAGAAAUACCUGUCUUGGCAUUUUCUUGAAUAAUUUUAGAUUCGUACCGGAUUUGUUAGGUGGUGGCUUGUGGAUAGUGGCGCAGCAAGUCAAACCACAGAAAGAAGACGGGCACAGCGUCAGGCUGUCAUCAGUAGUCUCUACCCUAGGCAGUCUGAAACUGGCGUUUAUCCAAUCGCUCAGAAACGAGCAGUUUUCAACUCGCAGGCUAGAGAAGCUGUGUUCUCUGUAGGAAGUAAAAAUUUCUUCCGUGAAACUUAACCUGUUACUCCCUUUUUAUUAGUUGUUUAUUUGGUAACCAUGAUGCCGGAAAUGACCGCGACAUCCUGUCCCAGUCCCACUCGUUUGUGGAACCGCGUCCCCGUUAUGGUUUUCGGGAUCAUCCAGAUCGUUGGUGCAGUGGCGCUGAUGCUGAACGACAUUAUCGGGUUUAUCGUACUCCCACAUCACGAAAACUCCAUCUCCUGUCAUGCUGAUGACUACUCCCGAACUUUGAUCACCGUUCGCCGCUAUGGAUCCAUAGUGUAUACCCUCAUGGGCUCCGUGUUCUGCGUCGUGGGAAUGUUCUUCACCAUCACCGGCAUCCUGGGCAUCAAGGCCGGCCAGCGACUGCCACCGGGUGCUCCCCCGUCAUCGCGACGCCGCCUUCUGGUCUCCUGUGCCGUGAUGAGCAUCUUGGGAGCGAUGGGCGGUGGGCCGUUGAUCGCGGGAUCCGUGAUCAAUCUGGGACCGUCUGUCCAGUUCGGUCUGCAUAUCGUCAUGUUUGUGGCCAACGUGGGGCAGGCCAUUGCGGCCGGAAUCAAUCUGUGCAAGAUGCGGCCCAAGACCCUGAAGAUGGCGCAGAUCGUCUUCCCGCCGCCCGGCGCUUAUCCCGGGGCGCAGGCUCUUGUUUGCGAUCACGACGGACAGCCCAUGUACUUCGUGCCGACGCAGCCCACUGGGCCGACAGCGCCGCCGCAGCAGCAGGGAACCGAUGUGGGACAGCCGCUCAUCAAGCAGAACAAUAUCUACCAGACAGCUUAGGCGGCGUUUGUGUUGUCACGAAUUGAUUCCUUUUCUGUUAUGAGUUGUUGUAGCUUAUCAUACGGAUGGAAAUUGUACCUGGGUUAUUGUUGUGUUUUUCUUGCGAUAACUCAUCCUCACAAAUCAGGGAGAUUAAUCACUGACUGUUUUCUUAUACGGCUUUUCGACUUUUUCUUUUUUCUCGUAAUUCUUUGGUUGGCUGCUGAUAGUCAAGCUUAAGUGCUUAAUCAGUGGUAAAUUAGUUGGUAGCGCUGCUUUGAUAGAGACGUUGAUAGAGACGGCAAUGACU